GCCAGUCAAGCGUGGUUCGAUGGCUGCCUCCAAACUUUGGUUCCACCGUCUCGGGUCAAGAUCUACCGAGUUGCAUCUCUGCAUUGCGUAUUCUGAUGUGAGGAACUUUUGAUUUGCUCGGGCUGAAGAUGGAUUUGCCAAGGCAAAUUAGCCUGAGUUGGUGAGUGCCGCAGUCGUGCAUUGAGUGAAUGGGUAUAAGCCCUGAGUGCCA